AUGCCUCAACAGGUGAGAAUUUCUCGAGAAAACUCGGUAAAAAGGUCACGCUCUUUAUCGAAGUCGUUUAGGGGACUGUUUAAAUCCAAUUCACCAACGCCACCACCUUCUUCGUCGACUACAUCUGCAUCCUCGUCAUCAAUUCCUAUGCAAUCUCCAAAGCACCAGCCACCUUUGAGUGGGAUUGCAAAGUUGUCCAUAUCACCACGACAUGAUAUACAUAAUGGUCACAAUAACAAAUCGGAAGAGUCAGUUAUUAGCGACGACUACUCGGUAAAAUAUAAAUCAGCAUGCUCCGCUACUGCGUUCUAUGUCGACAAGCAUAAUAAUCAUGAUUUACCUAAUUACGGGUCGAUGUCAGCUUCACCAGCUGUUUCACCAGCUGCCAAUAGUGAUGAUCUGCGAACGAAUACAGGUUCCAGCGGCAUACUACCUGGUGUCAAGUCCGACGACUUCCCACCUGAAACUAUCCAAGAGUACAAUUCUGAAGCAUCGAUAGACGCUCAACUAGAACGAGAAGUAACACCGUCUCUUAUAUACCCACAGAAUAUUGCAAGGCCACAUCGUUCCACGCAAAGGUCACGCAGCGCAAGUACGGGUAAGAAUCGAGAACGGGCUGCAUCAGUUUCGAUUGGAUCAAUUAGGGAGGAAACUGCCUCAAAACGUCAUAAAUAUAUUAUUCAACAGGACCAUUUUACAGUUGAUGAAGAUGGAAACCAUGAACACACGUUAAAGGUUCUGCCUCUGGUUAGUCAGGAUGCUGAAAGUCAUAAAUCGAAGUUAGGGUUUUCAUUUUCCGGGGUAUUCAAAUCUCAUAAAGCUGAAGAAGAAGGCGAAUUAAGUGUUGCGAUGUCUAUUUUACCCGAGAGUAGUAAGCAUGUGUUGAAUAAACGGUUAAAUAUUGCAUUAGAUGAAGUUGGAUAUCCGAGUGAUGAAGAAGCACAUUCUGAUGAAAACUAUGGUCAAGAUAGAGAUGAUAAUUCAAAAAUACCAAAAAUCGUAAAUGAAAACGCUGCCAUUGGUAAGGAUGAGUUAAAGUUAAUUAACAAUCUAGCAGAAAAAAUUAAUAACAGCAUCCAAAUGUUAAAUAAAAAUUCACCCUCUGAUUCUCCACCAACAGUUAAAACCAUUAAGAGUAAGCAACUUUUAGCAGAGAAGUAUGGAAAAUGUAUUGGGAUGAUUGGGCACGGUGCGUACGGAACCGUCUGGGUCACUACAAAAAGCAUGUCAACCCCUCUAGGAGAUGGUUCUACUAAUGAACGUUUCCCCAGGGAUACCUAUGAGCGAAAUGGGAAACUUUUUUAUGCCAUCAAAGAGUUAAAGCCAAGGGGAGAUGAAUCUCAGGAGAAAUUCAGUACAAGAUUAACAUCAGAAUUUGUUAUAGGUCAUUCUUUAAGUGGUGGUCUUGACAGGACUGAACCAGGAAAGCACUCAUCACACCCCAACAUUCUGAAGGUUUUAGAUCUUAUGCAGACUCAUGAUGCUUUUAUUGAAGUAUUUGAGUUUUGCCCAUCGGGAGACCUUUAUAGCCUUCUAACGAGGUCUUUUAAGUCAGGCUCCGGUCUACACCCAUUAGAGGCUGACUGCUUCAUGAAGCAAUUAUUAAACGGUGUACUCUAUAUGCAUGACCAUGGUGUUGCACAUUGUGAUUUGAAACCAGAAAAUAUACUAUUCACACCAACUGGAGUCUUAAAGAUUUGUGACUUUGGUUCUAGCUCUGUUUUCCAAACAGCGUGGGAAAAGCGGGUUCAUUUCCAGACUGGCGCAGUUGGUUCAGAGCCAUAUGUGGCCCCUGAAGAAUUUAUCGCACGGCGAGAAUAUGAUACCAGGUUGGUAGAUUGUUGGAGCUGUGGUAUCAUAUAUUGCACUAUGAUAUUAGGCCAUUAUCUAUGGAAAGUUGCCAUCAAGGAAAAGGACCAACUGUAUAGUACUUUCUUGGAAGAUAUGACUGAACAUGGCGAGUACUACGUAUUUGAAGAAUUAAGACAUGUGAAUCAGGAGCUAAAUCGCUGCCGCAAGAUGUGUUUAUACAAUAUAUUUCAAUGGAAUCCUAAAAAGAGAAUCACUAUUCCAAAAAUUUUAGAAACUCCUUGGAUGAGGCAUACCAAAUGUUGCGUUAACUAUAAGACUUGUUGUCAAAGAGAGAAGCACCAUGGCUAA